CAGUACAGUAGACGGGAUGUGGCCGGAGUGGGUCCGUCCCACAUGAUGGGGAAGGAGGGCUGACGACACGCGGGGCUGGCACAGUGGGAGAAACGCGCAUUGUACUUUGGCGCUCGGGCGGCAAAAGGCAAAAGCGCGCCGCUCCUCUCCAAAAGAGAAGCGGCGAUGUAGAAUCGGUCGGAAGGGCACGCACCAGUCCUGCCGUUGAUAGGACACUGUUCCCCUCUGCGUCUGCGGGACCCAGAGACUGGACCUGCUCCAUCGCCCGCGCGUUGGCGCUCUGCUCGGCGCGGGAGAGUCCGUCGUGCGUCCGACGCCGGAGGAAGAGGAGAGAGAGGCGCCGCUCGCUGCUUCCUCCUGCCUCCGGAUGGAUCCGAGCUGCUCUUCUCUCACCUGGGACUGGGGACUCUGAUGGUGUCGAACUCCACUGUGUCUGUCCGGAGGAGCUGGGAUUGCGUUUUCCCUCCCCCGCUCCUUGUCGAUGCCGGUUCAUUUCAAGGAGGGUCGAGUCUGAAGGUCUACUUUGAAGACUCCUGCUUCAACAAUGGCAACGGGAGUAGCAGCAUGGCUCCCCUUUGCCAGGGCAGCAGCCAUUGGCUGGAUGCCUGUUGCCAACUGCAGCAUGCCUGUUGCCCCGGGAGACAACAGUAGGAAACAGGACGAGCUGAUCGUCCUCAAUGUCAGCGGCCGCCGUUUUCAGACCUGGAGAACCACUCUGGACCGCCACCCAGACACACUGCUGGGCAGCUCUGAGAAAGACUUCUUUUACAAUGAAGACACCAAGGAGUACUUCUUCGACCGGGACCCCGACGCUUUCAGGAGCAUCCUCAACUUCUACCGGACAGGGAAGCUCCACUACCCCCGUCAGGAGUGCAUCUCUGCCUACGACGAGGAGCUCACCUUCUUUGGCAUCAUCCCUGAGAUCAUCGGCGACUGCUGCUACGAAGAGUACAAGGACAGGAAGAGGGAGAACUUAGAGCGGCUGCAGGACGACCAGGAGGACAACAAGGACCUGAAGCUGCCCCACAUGAACUUCAGGGAGACCAUGUGGCGAGCCUUUGAGAACCCGCACACCUCCACCAUGGCCCUCGUCUUCUACUACGUCACUGGCUUUUUCAUCGCCAUCUCAGUCAUCACCAAUGUGGUGGAGACGGUGCCCUGUGGCUCCACUGCCAACCAGAAAGACAUGCCGUGUGGCGAACGCUUCACCGUGGCGUUCUUUUGCAUGGACACUGCCUGCGUCAUGAUAUUCACGGUGGAGUACCUGAUGCGCCUGUUUGCCGCGCCCAGCCGCUACCGCUUCAUGCGCUCGGUGAUGAGCAUCAUCGACGUGGUGGCCAUCCUGCCGUACUACAUCGGCCUGGUGAUGACCAACAACGAGGACGUGAGCGGCGCCUUCGUGACGCUGCGCGUGUUCCGGGUGUUCCGCAUCUUCAAGUUCUCCCGUCACUCGCAGGGCCUCCGGAUCCUGGGCUACACGCUGAAGAGUUGCGCGUCCGAGCUGGGCUUCCUCCUCUUCUCUCUCACCAUGGCCAUCAUCAUCUUCGCCACGGUCAUGUUCUACGCAGAGAAGGGCUCCAGCUCCACCAAGUUCACCAGCAUCCCAGCUUCUUUCUGGUACACCAUCGUCACCAUGACGACGCUAGGGUACGGAGACAUGGUGCCAAAAACCAUCGCUGGAAAGAUCUUCGGCUCCAUCUGCUCCCUGAGCGGUGUGCUGGUGAUCGCCCUGCCCGUUCCCGUCAUCGUCUCCAACUUCAGCCGCAUCUACCACCAGAACCAGAGGGCAGACAAGCGCCGCGCUCAGAAGAAAUCCAGAAUGGCCCGGAUAAGAAUAGCCAAGUCGAGCAGCGCCAACGCCUUCCUCCAUAGCAAACGCAACGGACUGAUCGACGAGCUGCUGGAGCUGACGGGUACAGAGGAAGAUGAGCAGAAGCUGACAAAGUCCAGGUCUCUGUUAGCGAGCCAACACCACCACCUACUGCACUGUCUGGAGAAAACCACAGCUCACGAGUUCGUGGAAGAGCACGUGUACGAGCAGAACUGUCUAGAGACGGCGCUGCAGGGCUACCCGUCGCGCAGCCCCUCCGCAUCCAGCCGGGACAGCUCGGCGGGUUCCUGCUGUGGCCGCAGGGCGAAGAGAAACCUCCCUCUGCCCAGCGCCAGCACGCCCCCCCAUGCCCAUCCCAUCGCCACGCACCACCAGGGCCGCCUGCAGGAGCUCAGCGCCAUCCACAUACAGUGUGGCGACCGACCGUCACACGCGGCCAGUCGUUCAUCCCUCAACCUGAAAACCAAUGACGGCGGCCGGAUCAACUGCAAAAGUGGCCGAAUCACCACAGCGAUCAUCAGUCUGCCGACGCCGCCUGCUCUGACGCCCGACGGUGACGGACUCCACGGGCCCGGGCUGAGGAGGCCGCCCCCUCCCCCGGGUCCCCCUGCAGCCCCGACCGUCCAGACCACGGCCAGCUCGGCUGGCGCCAACAUCAUCAAGGUCUCCUCUCUGUGACCGUCGGUCCGACGGAUGUGAAGAGGAGGAAGAAAACGAGAAGGGGGAGGAGGAAGGAGCAGGUUUCACUACAACAGGGGAGGCACCAUGUCCCCUUUUACGGGGUCAACAGGAAGGACGCUUCACUCCAGAGGAGUCCUCGGCUGAUGUUUAAGAGAAGACGGCCAGUUUGGAGACAUCACUGGGCUAGAGGGUUGUAAAUAUGUGCUCUGAGAACCACGCACUCAUCCUGUUGUGUACAGUUACUUACUGUAGAUACGGACAGAAUUCGCCGCAUUUCUAAUAGUUUCUAACGGAGACAUUGUGAAGCGAGCACAUCCGCACAGACGCUGUCGACACAAAUUCACAGUAAAUUUAAAGUGAACUCCCAAGUGACUUAGUGGGAGGAAAAAACAGUGUUUUCGUUGACUUUUAAAUGUGCUUGAAGAAAGACGGAGAACAGUGACAGUGUGUCCUUGAAUUCGAUCGGUCUCGUUUGUGUUACGUGUUUCUGUCUGAAGUAUUUUGAGGGGGGGGGGGAAGUUGAAAAGUGAAAAAUCACAUUGCUGAACAUCAUCGACAUGAUGCGUGAAGUUUUUCUUCUUUAUUUAUGUAUUUAUGUAAAUUUGCAUCUGUGUUUAUCACGUUAAAAUGCUGAAAACAAACUGACUGGGGAUUGACCUCAUACUGUCUCUAUAGGUUUUCACACUCAGGUGAAACGAGUCAACGGCUCUGUGAGAAAAACCCUGAGUUGACAACAAAGUGGAGGUUUGAUAUUUUCAUUGAGGGAUACGCCCAGAAUUAUUCUACAUUUAUGUGUCUGAAAACUCACAUGAAAAGACCAAAGUCAAGUGUCUCUCAAAACUUUGACUUCUUCAAACAAGCACAUUGAUACUUAUACUUAAAUCACAAAGACGUUGAUGGGGCAGAGGAAUCAUCUUAUCAGACUGUGGCUACGCAGACGCUUCUUAAAAGGAUCAAUUGUUGGUUCUUGUCUUCAGUCAUGGGAAUCAUUGACAUAAGAAAAAUAUCUUCUAUAAAAGAAAUUAAAAACAUACUGUAUUUUUUACGAUGUGAAUAUUCCAUCUUGUUUGUAUGAAUGUUAAUUGGUGCUUUUGUUCUGUGGAAAAAUUUUAAAAGCUGCAACUCUUCUUACUGCCCCCCACUUGCUGAGUAUUGUUGGCGGCGAGGGAAAAAUGAAAUGCGAAAAAUGUGUGUGUGUAUUCAUCUUGAGCACGUUUGGGCACUGGAAAGCCAAAAUGCUGAGCACCGACCGCUCUGACGUCAGACAACCACCUGGAACGAUGCAGGACAGGAGCCCAAUUCGUGUUCAGUCUAAGCUGAAACCGACACUUAAAACACAUUUGAAACUGGUUUUAAAAUGGAGGGAUAAUGGUUAAAUAUGGAAUUAUGGAAGUGAUAUGUGGCCACUUUCCUGCCUUUUAAACCUUUAUAGAGCUGUUUGAGUUUCCCACAUCGACACGACACCUUCAGUUCAACCUAAUCUGAUAAAAGAUUAAAAAAAGAUAUUUCACCGCUGAUCACAGUGGGCGCAGGAGGUGACAUCUUAGAUUGAAUAUAAUAUUUAUCUUUGGAAUGAUGGAGCUUUUCUAUGGAUGAACAAGUUGUCAAUGUCUUUAACACCUCUCAAUUUAUAUUUGUAGAUAUAAAGCAUAAAAAAACUAGUUUGACAAAAACAAUAGCGAUUCAUGGUCCACAGAGCCAACAUCGAGUUUUUCCAUAAUGCUUCACCACGACAACCGAGCAAAUUCCAGGUGUGACACAGCUGAAAGUGCCAUAAAAAGACAGUAAUUAUUACUGCAUUACUUGGGAUUGUUAUUUGACGUGGUCAAUAUUAAAUACACACUCUAAUCUAAUGAUCAAAAUCUCUAUUCAAUAACAUGAUGCCCACAACAGAGAUGGAUUGAAAACGAACUGUGCCCUGGUCUGGUUUCUGCUCUUUACGUGAAGAUGUUUGUUCAUUCGCCGAACUGCUGCACCCUGUCGCUCAGUUGACUUUGAUAGACGCCUGGUGUUGGGGACAGUUUGUGACUAGUGUGCUCUGGAUAUCUGUGUCAGAAGAACAAAUUGUUUAUUUGUCCUUUUGCCUAAAAAGGCUCAAUAUGAUUUAUGGUGUGUUCUUCAGUCAUGAGCGUGACGUUGUGUUUUUUUUGCUGUACUGGUAAAACUUUGCGUGUUUGCGUUUUCCUGUAUUUUUGUCACGUUUUUAUAAACCAAGGUGAAGAGUAUCGUGCCAAAGCACUUUUCCAUCCUCUGUGAGAACAACAACGUUGUCGUACUAUCUAUGCUGCUACAUUAAAAAGAAAAAAAAUCAAACCCUUUAGAUCAUAUUCUUCUCAGUGUCAUUGCUGAAAAUAACUGUCUGCUCACGAUCGGAGAGAAACACAGACCGUCACCGUGCUUCAACGGGUUUUUGUAGAGAAGACCCUUCUCUGACUCCAGUGCGAUGCUCACAUGUCAUCAUACAACGGACUCGACUUCAAUGAGGCAUUAACAGGGUCACUUUUUAAAAAGUCCUGGCACUGCGGUUCUCGUUGUUUCUCAUCUUUUUAUCCUUUUGAACUGAGCUUUUCUGUCUGUUCGCCGUGUGUGUACAGUGCUCUGUCCGUUUGUUUGUUACAACAACUACCAAGUGUCAGGUGAAAAAUUAAAA